UCUGUAUCCGAACCCCACCGCCGCUCAUGCAAGAUUGUUCGAUUGUCCCACUCGGUUGGAAUUUCUUUCGCUUCAUUUCCACCAAGUUCAAAAUUUGAAAGCGAUUUCAUGAGUUUAGUUCAUUCCAAAAAUGUCAUCUAUUUGUGCCGUGUGUGGGAAAUCGGCAGCAAAAAUCUGCACUGCAUGCAAAAAUGUUGCUUAUUGUUCAGUGGAGCACCAGAAGAAGGACUGGAAGUCUCACAAGUCCUCGUGCAGAGUUUACCUGGUCAAGAAAAAUGAGACGAUGGGACGCUACGUCGUGGCUGCGACGGACAUUGCUCCAGGCGUGAUUAUAAUGGCCGAACCAGCCCUGAUGGUGGGCCCCAAGCAGGACACCCUCCCAAUUUGCCUAGGGUGUCACAAGAGGUUGACGGGGACGUACCUUUGUUCAAAAUGCAGCUUCCCUCUUUGUAGCAAGGAAUGUGAGCAGCUAGAAAUCCAUUCCAACUACGAGUGUCUCAUCUUCUCUCAGAAAAAACCCAUCAUAAUGAAAGAUCUGAACAUCUAUCAACCCGUCUACCAGUGCAUUUUAACAUUGCGUUGCCUACUCCUCAAGACGAAGGACCCAGGUCGAUGGAAACAACUGAACAUGAUGGAACAUCACAAUGAUCUCAGACGACAACUGACCACGCUGUGGACCAGAAAUGAAAUCAACACUGUGAACUUUCUCAAAGAUGUUUACAAGUUGGAUUUUGAUGCAACUACCAUUCACACCGUCUUGGGAUAUGCAGAUAUCAACGCCUUUGAAAUUAGGUCAAAAGGAAUUGUAAUUUGUGGCUUGUUUCCUGAGGUCUCUUUGAUGGCGCAUGAUUGCAUUUCCAACACACAUCACUCGAUCAUGGAGGACAACAAGAUGGUGGUGAGGAGCACGGUGGCAAUAAAGAGGGGCCAAAUGAUAACCACAACCUAUACUCACACCCUGGAAGGCACUCUCGAGAGAAGGGAGCACAUCCUCAACGCCAAACUCUUUGCCUGUAUUUGCCCCAGAUGCUCCUCUCCUACAGAAUUGGGGACCAAUUUCUCUAGCAUAAAAUGCUUAUCUUGCCAUCCUGGUUAUCUUAUCCCUAAAACUCCCCUCGACCCGUCAUCCGUUUGGGAGUGCGACAAUUGCAAGACUGAACCAAUGAGCAGCAAUUCUAUUCGAGCACUGGUGGCUGAAAUUCGCGAGGAAAUUGAGAAAGCGGAGAGAACUGGUGGACAGGAUCUAAUUCAGACUUUAGAAGGAAUCCUCCAACGCUCCAGCGGCAUAAGGUUACACCCUCAACACUUUCUCAUGGUUGGGAUAAUGCAUUCGCUGUCUCAAUUUUACGGGAGGACUCAAGACUUUCGAAUGACCGAGUUGAGCCUAGAGCAGCUGCAGCGGAAAGAAGAUCUAUGUCGACAAUUCCUAAAAGUCCUGAAUAUCAUUGAACCCGGAAUGUCACGGAUUAGAGAUGAACACGGACCAGAUGAGAAUCAUCAACUUGCAUUUUUAUCCAAUGGGAAACGAAACAUUCCAGGGAUCGCAGCGUCUAUGCUAGGAAUCCAUGAAAAUUCUGUGAGAGGUUGUAUUAAAAAACAACCUAAUCUAAACACCCCGCCUCGAAAAAAACGAAAUGGGAAAUUGAUGAUUUCGAUCAAACCGCGAUACGAAAUUUGGUUUAUAGAAAUUUCGAACAAGGAGUACAUAUCACGCUACAAACGCUCUUAAACGAAAUUAAUGAGAAAAUCGACACAUUUAUUGAAUCACCCAUUAAAAUUAGUAUUCUACGGAUUAUAAUGCAUCAAAUUGGAUUUGAGUAUAAAAUGAUCGAUCACAGAUUACGAUUAAUGGAAAGACAAGAUAUUGUUGAACAACGUAAAAAGUAUUUGAAGUAAGUUUUAAUUAUCGUGACUCAUAUAAAAUCGAUAGUUAUUGAAAACGAACCGUCAUAUUGCAUGCUUGAAUAAAACAUACUUAAUUUGUACAACAUGAUCAUACUCUUUGUCCGUGAUAUUAAUUUAAUUAUUGAUGAGCAUUGCUGAACUAAAUUCCUAUUUGACUAGAUUUUUAACAAAAAUGUAAAAGAUGAUAAACUCAGUCAAGCGCAAUUUAUUGUGUUGUGUACAAUUUGUUGUGUAUUUUAGACGAAAGAAAGAAAUUGAUGCCACCAAUAAAAAUGUCGUGUUUUUGGACGAAACUUGGGUCAAUAAAAAUCACCAAAAGCAGAAGGUUUGGACCGACGGCACCGUCAAAUCGAGACCAAAUUGCAAAAUCGGAAAGGGUGAUCGUUUAAUUAUCACGCACGCUGGAUCCAAGGACGGAUUCGUGCCGAAUGUUUUAAAUAUCUUUUGGUCAAAUACCGGACAAGCGGAUUACCAUCAAGACAUGAAUGCAGAAUAUUUUGAAAAAUGGUUUGUUGAGCAACUUUUAGUAUCAUUGGAAGAGCCAAGUGUCAUAAUUAUUGAUAAUGCCAAAUACCAUUCAAGGAGGUACUAUUUCUAACAUUGAAACUGCAUGAUAAUUAUUAGCAUGUAAGAGUUGCAUAUGUACGACUUACAAAUAUAAAUUUUACAGACUCGAUGCUGUACCUACGUCCAGUUCGAGAAAAGGCGUCAUAAUAGAAUGGCUAACCAGCAAAAAAAUCAAGUUCCCUCAAAAUGCAACCAAAGUUCAACUAUACGACAUAGUUAAAGCUUUUAAGCCAUUCAAUGUCGAGUACUAUAUUGACAAAAUUGCAGAAGAGUAUGGUCAUGAAGUUCUAAGGCUCCCUCCUUAUCAUUGUAUCUUUAGUCCAAUCGAACUGAUUUGGGCAAAUACCAAAAAUUAUGUAGCUACACAUAAUGUGACCCAAAAACAAACAGAUGUAAAACAAUUAUUUAUAGAUGCAUGUAAUAGAAUAACCAGUGAUAAUUGGUGUAAAGCAGUAGAACAUUGUAAGACAGAGGAAAAAAAAUAUUGGAAAAAGGAUGGCAUUUCUGAUAAGCCAAUAACUCCCAUAAUUAUCAAUUUAAAUGAUUAUACCGAUAGUGAAAGCAGUGACACUGAAUCUGAAUAAAUAAAAUGUAUUUUUUGAUUGUA